AAUGUUUACUGUAUUUGCAAUUCUUUUUUAUGGAGCUUUGAGUAUACAGUUCACAUUCCCAUUAAGAUCUAAAGAGUUGAAAUGCUUUGGAGAAAUUAUUGGAUUAAAUAUUCUAGUUGUUGGUUCUGUUUCAGCAAAUUCAAGUGAAUAUUCAUUAAAAAUACAUGUAAAAAUAAAACUAAAUACAAAGAUCCCAUAAAAAAAGGUUGAUAGCAUUUUACAAUAUUCUCAUAGUUUAGAAUUACAUAAGUUUUCAUUUACAACAAAUAACACUUAAGAAAAUUAUCAAUUUUGUGUACAUAACUUAGCAAAUGCUGGAGUCAAUUUCAAUUUUACUUUGGCUACAGGAAUGGAUGCAUAAGAUUUUUCUUUAGUGGCUUAAAAGGAAGACUUGAAACCUAUAGAAAUACAUCUAAAGAAGUUGAAUGGAUUAAUUAAUUCAGUCGAAGUAUAUAAUCUAAUUAUAAUUAUUCUAGUAAGAAUAAAAAGAAAUAGAAGAAAGAUAAGCAAUAAGAUUUUCGAAUGUUAGCAAAAUUUCAUACAAAAUCAUUAUCUUUAGUAUAGUCACUUUGAUUUUGAUGACAUUAACAAAUUUUGUUUAAGCUCGUUAAUUAAAGAAUUUCUUUAAAUAAAAGAAGCUCAUUUGA